CCCUCUGAUGGGAUUUUCAUUCAAGGAAAUGACCUUAAAAUUGAUGAAAGUUCUUUAACUGGAGAGUCGGAUCAAGUCCGCAAAUCUGUUGACAAGGACCCUAUGCUGCUAUCGGGUACCCAUGUCAUGGAAGGCUCUGGGCGAAUGCUCGUGACCGCUGUGGGAGUGAAUUCUCAGACAGGCAUCAUCUUUACUCUAUUAGGGGCUGGUGGAGAAGAGGAGGAAAAGAAAGAUAAGAAAGUAGAUUCUUCCCAUCCCUCCUCCCACCCUCCUUCAGCUACAGAUGGUGCAGCAGGUGCAAAUGCCACUGAUAAUGCAAAUGCCAGCUUAGUCAAUGGCAAAAUGCAGGAUGGGAAUAUGGAGAACAGCCAGAAUAAAGCCAAGCAGCAGGAUGGUGCUGCUGCCAUGGAGAUGCAGCCACUGAAGAGUGCAGAAGGAGGAGAGGGAGAUGAAAAAGAAAAGAAGAAGUCCAGCAUGCACAAGAAAGAGAAAUCUGUCCUCCAGGGAAAGCUGACCAAACUAGCUGUCCAGAUAGGCAAAGCAGGUUUGGUGAUGUCUGCCAUUACUGUAAUAAUUUUGGUACUGUACUUCGCUGUUGACACUUUUGUUGUCAACAAGAAGCAGUGGUUGCCCGAGUGCACUCCUGUUUAUGUUCAAUAUUUUGUCAAGUUCUUCAUCAUUGGUGUUACUGUGCUCGUGGUUGCUGUUCCUGAAGGACUUCCACUUGCUGUCACUAUUUCUCUGGCUUAUUCUGUUAAGAAAAUGAUGAAGGAUAACAAUCUGGUCCGCCACUUAGAUGCUUGUGAGACUAUGGGUAAUGCUACGGCCAUCUGCUCUGACAAAACAGGGACACUUACAACCAACAGGAUGACAGUAGUACAAGCCUACAUUGGUGAUGUCCACUACAAAGAGAUCCCUGACCCAGAUUCUAUACCAAGCAAAACCCUCGAUUUGUUGGUUAAUGCAAUUGCCAUCAACAGUGCUUAUACUACAAAAAUUCUGCCACCAGAAAAGGAAGGUGGCCUGCCUCGUCAGGUUGGCAACAAGACAGAAUGUGGCCUGUUGGGAUUUGUCUUGCAACUGAAGCAGGAUUACCAGCCUGUUCGGAAUCUAAUCCCUGAGGAGAAACUCUACAAAGUAUACACGUUUAACUCCGUGAGAAAGUCAAUGAGCACUGUCGUUAAAAUGCCAGAUGGCAGUUUCCGAAUGUACAGCAAAGGUGCUUCUGAAAUUGUUCUGAAGAAGUGUUCUAGAAUCAUUAAUGCAACAGGUGAGAUUCGUGUCUUCAGACCCCGUGACCGGGAUGAGAUGGUGAAGAAAGUGAUUGAACCCAUGGCCUGUGAUGGACUGAGAACUAUUUGCAUUGCAUACCGGGACUUCAGCAGCAACCCAGAACCAGACUGGGACAGUGAAAAUGACAUUUUAACUGACCUGACCUGCAUUUGUGUAGUUGGUAUUGAAGAUCCAGUAAGGCCUGAGGUCCCAGAAGCCAUAAGAAAGUGCCAGCGAGCUGGAAUUACAGUUCGCAUGGUCACUGGGGACAACAUCAAUACAGCUCGUGCCAUCGCAAUAAAGUGUGGAAUUAUUCAUCCAGGAGAAGACUUUCUUUGCAUAGAGGGAAAGGAGUUUAACAGGAGGAUCCGAAACGAGAAGGGAGAGAUUGAGCAAGAACGUAUUGACAAGAUCUGGCCAAAACUACGAGUACUUGCUCGCUCAUCUCCCACAGACAAACACACUUUGGUGAAAGGUAUUAUUGACAGCACGCAGGUGGAGCAGAGGCAGGUUGUUGCAGUGACUGGUGAUGGAACCAAUGAUGGACCGGCACUUAAAAAAGCUGAUGUUGGCUUUGCAAUGGGCAUUGCAGGUACUGAUGUUGCAAAGGAAGCCUCAGAUAUUAUCUUGACGGAUGAUAAUUUCAGUAGCAUUGUGAAGGCUGUAAUGUGGGGCCGUAACGUCUAUGAUAGCAUCUCCAAGUUCCUACAGUUCCAACUUACUGUUAACGUAGUGGCUGUGAUUGUGGCUUUCACUGGGGCAUGUAUUACACAGGACUCUCCACUGAAAGCUGUGCAGAUGCUGUGGGUCAAUCUAAUUAUGGACACCUUUGCUUCUCUUGCUCUGGCCACUGAACCCCCUACAGAGUCUCUACUGCUAAGGAGACCAUAUGGCAGAAACAAGCCUCUUAUAUCACGUACCAUGAUGAAGAACAUUCUGGGCCAUGCUGUCUACCAGCUAACUCUCAUUUUUACACUUCUCUUCGUUGGUGAAAAAAUGUUUAAGAUUGACAGUGGUCGGAAUGCACCACUCCACUCUCCUCCUUCUGAGCACUACACCAUUAUCUUCAAUACCUUCGUCAUGAUGCAGCUAUUCAAUGAAAUCAACGCACGCAAAAUCCACGGCGAGAGGAAUGUUUUUGAUGGCAUUUUUAGAAACCCUAUAUUUUGCACUAUUGUACUGGGUACAUUUGCUGUACAGAUAGUAAUUGUGCAGUUUGGUGGGAAACCUUUCAGCUGCUCUCCUCUGCAGCUUGACCAGUGGAUGUGGUGUGUAUUUAUUGGACUAGGAGAACUUGUCUGGGGUCAGGUCAUUGCAACCAUCCCAACAAGUAGGCUAAAAUUUUUAAAGGAAGCAGGGCGGCUCACUGAAAAAGAGGAAGUACCUGAAGAAGACCUGAAUGAAGAUGUUGAAGAAAUUGACCAUGCAGAGAGAGAACUUCGACGUGGACAAAUUCUCUGGUUCAGAGGGCUCAACAGAAUCCAAACUCAGAUCCGCGUCGUGAAGGCAUUCCGUAGCUCUCUCUAUGAAGGGUUAGAAAAACCAGAAUCUAGAACCUCCAUUCACAACUUUAUGACUCAUCCUGAAUUUAGAAUAGAAGAUUCCCAACCCCACAUCCCACUCAUUGAUGACACAGACCUAGAAGAAGACCCUGCUCUCAAGCAAAACUCUAGCCCACCGUCUUCGCUGAACAAGAACAACAGUGCUAUCGACAGUGGAAUAAAUCUUACAACUGACACAAGUAAAUCAGCUACCUCUUCUAGUCCAGGAAGCCCAAUACAUAGCCUGGAGACAUCACUUUAGCUGAAAGUUCACUGCAAAAAAUAUAUAUAAAUAAAAACAACAACAGAAGUAUAUAUAUAUAUAGAUAUAUAAAAAACUGUGCUGGCUGAGAAGCUGUUUGAACUCUUAUUCACUUUGUGACAAGUGAAUGAAUUGCUGAUCACAGUGGUUUUGGGGAAAGAAUGAAUGGCUGAUUUACAUACCCCUUUUUGCUCCCUUGCAGAAAAACAAAAAGAACCCUCCUGCAUGAAUGUACUGUGCACUUCCAGCUCCCAUCCCGCUCUCUCUCACGCGCGCUGUCUCUCUCUCUCUUUUUUUAAGCAGUAAAUGCAGAGGACUUUUUUCUGAGGCUAUUUAUCCAAUUCACUGGUCUGUGAGUUUUUUGAAAUGCUUGUGUGGCAUGGAGUCAGUUGUAUAGAUUAAUUUAAAUAACGUUUUUGAAGUUGCAAAGCUUAACUUGCACAGUAGAUUUGCACCAGUUGGACAGAGAAACUUAAUAAACAUUUAUGAGAUUAUAUAUAGAGAUACAUACAUAUAAAUAUAUACAUAAUUAAUGAUAUACAUAUAUAUGUAUAUAUCUAUCUAUAUAUUUAGUUAUAUAUAAAGUUUCUUUGUUGGCAUGUUGCCUUGUUUCUGCUCAAAUUGCUCUGACUAUUAACUUAUUUAUGUCCUAAAAAAAAAAGAAUGUAAUUUGUUUACAAACCUGUAGAUAAUAUCCUUAACUAUUUGUAGGGUUAAGAAAGCACUUCCUGCCGAAGUAGUAUAAAAAUUGCUCAGCUCUUUGAAAACUUCUGUAAUAUUGCACCUUGGAUGUUUUAUUACAACCGUGUUCUGAUUUUGCCUGCCUUUUUGGGGGGGGUGUUAAAUAAUGUAGAUACUGCUAGCAAAUAACAAAAGAAGCCAAAAUAUAACACAUUGGAUGUAGCAUUGUUAUCCUAUAUACAGGGCAGUGAACAGGCUUCCUUUGUUUCAAAUACAAAGUUGAAAUGAUCAGGUUUUCUUCCCUUUUUUUUUCUUUUUCUUUUUUUUUUUUAAAUAAGUUGCUUGAACUUGUUUUGGUGCAACACUCAAUGAUGGAGGCCAUUUCGUUGUUUCAGUGUAUUGCAAUGGCUUCUUCAAAGUAUUUUUUUUUAAAAGUUGUUAUAUGAAACUCAGUUUAGGUUAUGAAUAACAAUUCAAAGAUAAGUUAUAUUUGGCUUUGUGUAUGGAGAUCAAACUAGUGUUGAAAUAUUGUGAUAUAUUGUGUUGAUUCUUUUCAGUUAGUAAUUUAGACAUUCAUUUCCUUAUUAAUUACAAGAAUAUGGGCUGUUGGCAUUUUGGAUGGAAAAUCACUAUGGUUUGUUGCUUUGACUUUUUAAAAGGAAAAGAUAAUCAUUUUCUGCACUAUCUAGAUCUGAAUGAAAUUUUAUGAAGUGUAUAUUGAAAUGUGCUUUGUGUGAUUUUUUUUUAAUCAAGCUUGUCUUCCUGUAGUCACAAAAUAUACUGUACCUAAUUAACAAUGUUGUUUUACCUAUGUAUUGAGCUUUCUACAAGGGAAGCCGUUUUGAAAACCUGCAGUAUCAUGGAUGAGAAAUAUUUUUCAAGAUGGUAACAGCCCUGGUAACUUAAAUUUAUGAGCUUAUAUAAUCGCUAUGUCAACCACUUGAAUGCUAAGCACUUUGUGGGUCACAGAUUUUUCAUAAAUAAUUUUGUAUUUAAUACAAAGUUUGCUUCAAGACUUUUCAGCAAGCAUAUGAUCUUUUCCAUAAUCUUGUACAGUGCAAAAGACAUUUUGAAUAACAUGAUCAAUUAUGCCAGAAAAACACUUUCAAACUAGCUUGAAAAAUUGAUUUGUUGUAUUGUGUGUUGUUUUAAAGUUGGCUAAGAAAGCGGUGCAUCUCUGCAGUCACAAGAACUAUUCCAAGCCAGAGAACUCUCCAAACAAUAUUAGACUCAUGGCCAAACUGCAGAUUGAAAUGAAUAAAAGAGUUUUCAGGGUGCAUCAGGACUAUUCAGCCAGGUAAAACUCUAAUCAGCUUGAAUUGCCAGCUUCCGGACUUUUGUGCAGAAGCUUGAAUGUUUUUUGGCUCAGACUCAUAGCUCACUGUCUGAUUCUUUUCACUGAACAGCAGAUCUUUCAAGGCUUACAGAACUGUUUUCAACAGAUACCGUUACCCGUUUCUUAACAGUAAAAGCUGGCAUGAAAACAUAAUUGAAUUUAACUAAUUCUUAGUAGCAAAGUGAUUGAAACUUAGUCAGCAUUGUUCCUUGGAUUGUAAAUACAGGGACUGACCUUUGUAUAACAUGUAUUGGGUUUCUAUGGCCUAUUUGGGAUACCAUGUUCAGAAAAAAAAGUUAUCCAUUCUAUUUAUAGGGAAGAGCCUCUGUCAUUGCAUUGGACUUGAGCAACUACAAAAUCUGUCAGUACUGGAACAUAAUUUUCAAUAACUUAACAAUGAUGAUUUGCCUUUUAUUUUCAAGCCGUCUUUUUCAUCAGAUUCUUUUUUUUUUCAUUUGAUUUAAUUUUCCUCUAGUAGAACCCUUCAGAAUACCAAUAGGGUACCAUUUGCAGACUUGAAAAACUGUUUAAAAAUAAAUGAACACAGCAUUCUGUGUGUGUAUAUAUAGUAAAAACAUAUAUAAACUGAGAUGCAUAGAAAACUUGGGCUUCUGUGAGCAGAGACUGUGCUUUAUGUAUAUGAUAAAUGAUAGACUUUUUUUAAAAAAAAAAAGUAGAAUAGUUAUGACCUUUCAACUACAAGUCAUGCAUCACAAUUCAUUUCUUUUAUUGCUUGACCUCUCUGUGAUGGGAACAAUGGAUCAAAAACCCAAAAUGAUCAGUUUGUUAAAAUUCACUGCAAUAUAUAAAUGCUUGCUCUCUACAUACUGUACUUAGCAGCAUGAGAUUUGUGGAAAACAAUACAGUGGUACAUUUGGCAAUCCGUCCCAUUAGGGGUUAUUAAUAUAUAUUAAUUCAUCUGUUUUUAUGAAUUUUUUUAUCUAGACAAUAAUUGUAAAUAAAGAACUUACUGUCUCUGUUCAUUUAAUACUAUGCAAAAGGUUAUGCUUUCUAUUGUUUAUUCUUAUUCCUACAGUGUGAUGCUGGAAUGUUUGUGGUUUAAAAAACAAAACAAAACAAAAAAAGACAAAAGUAAGUAAAAUAUGUGAUGUAAAUUAUUUUAUAGUUUGAAACAAAAUGAUAAAGUUUUAUUCUUGCUGCUUACUGUCUAAUAGAUAUCUCCUGGCAGGAGCGCAAGUGGAAAAUUAAAUAAAAAUAAAUUCACAAAGCAGCAUGAA